AUGGCUUUUGGUAAUUCAAGAUCUGCAAGGUUUGAAGAUGAUCCGGAGCUAGCUAAAUUUCCUACAAGCAAUCGUGACAAUGGUGUCAAGAUCAAAUACCACAUUGAUGGGACACAAAUACCCGAGCCUAGUUCCAAAAUGGCUCAGAAAAAGGUGACGGGGAAGUUCUUGAAAGCUAGAAUGUUGUCAAGAGUAUUCUCAGAAGACUAUGACAGAGUCAAACGAAGAGUAUUAGAUCCUAGGGGGAAAAUCAUACACCGAUGGAACAAGAUUUUCUUGGUAGUAUGUUUAGUAUCUUUGUUUGUGGACCCUUUGUUCUUUUAUCUGCCCGUGGUUCGAGAUGAAGUAUGCAUUGAUAUUGGAAUUACUCCUGAGGUUAUCCUCACUUUGGUAAGAUCAGUGGGUGAUAUCUUCUAUGUGAUUCAGAUUUUGUUGAAGUUUCGAACGGCGUUUGUUGCUCCUUCUUCGAGGGUUUUUGGGAGAGGAGAACUUGUUGUAGGAUAUUCUAAGAUUGCAGUUAGGUACCUUUGCAAGAGUUUCUGGUUAGACUUAGUUGCUGCCCUUCCCCUUCCUCAGGUGUUAAUUUGGAUUAUUAUCCCAACUCUUAGGGGUUCAACCAUGGCCAACACAAAAAAUGUCCUUCGCUUCUCCAUCAUUUUCCAAUACUUUCCGAGGCUAGUUUUGAUUUACCCACUCUCGUCACAAAUUGUAAAAGCUACAGGGGUUGUGACAGAAACAGCAUGGGCAGGGGCUGCUUACAACCUAAUGCUUUACAUGUUGGCUAGCCAUAUUUUAGGGGCUUGCUGGUAUCUUCUGUCAAUCGAACGUCAAGAAGCAUGUUGGAGAAGUGUAUGCGAUUUGGAGAAGUCAUUUUGUCAAGAUGGAUUCUUUGACUGUCACAGUAUUAAAGAUGCCCACAGGGUGUCCUGGUUCAUAGCAAGUAAUAUCACAAAUUUAUGCUCACCAAAUGGAACAGAUGACUUCUAUCAGUUUGGUAUAUACGCCGAUGCCGUGACUUCCAAAGUAACAUCCUCCGCAUUCUUUAACAAAUACUUUUUUUGCCUAUGGUGGGGUCUAAGGAAUCUGAGUUCUUUGGGACAAGGCCUUCUUACCAGCACAUAUGUUGGGGAGAUAACGGUCGCUAUUGUUAUUGCAACUCUGGGAUUGGUUCUUUUUGCGUUGCUAAUUGGUAAUAUGCAGACCUAUCUCCAAUCAACCACUGUUCGCUUAGAAGAGUGGAGGGUGAAAAGAACUGAUACAGAACAAUGGAUGCAUCACAGACAACUACCACCAGAACUAAGAGAAUCUGUGCGUAAAUACGACCAAUACAAGUGGCUGGCAACACGAGGAGUAGAUGAAGAAUCUCUUCUCAAAGGACUUCCACUGGAUCUUCGGAGAGACAUCAAACGCCACCUUUGUCUCGAUCUAGUUCGAGGAGUGCCAUUAUUUGAUCAAAUGGAUGAGAGAAUGUUGGAUGCAAUCUGCGAAAGGCUAAAGCCUGCAUUGUGCACAGAGGGCACGUUUCUUGUGCGCGAGGGUGAUCCUGUGAAUGAGAUGCUCUUCAUAAUCCGAGGCCAUCUUGAUUCCUACACCACCAACGGGGGGCGGGUCGGGUUCUUCAACUCGUGCCGUAUUGGACCGGGUGAUUUCUGCGGCGAGGAGCUGCUAACAUGGGCCUUGGACCCGAGGCCCAGUGUGAUCCUUCCUUCGUCAACUCGAACAGUGAAAGCCAUAUCGGAAGUGGAGGCCUUUGCACUGAUAGCGGAAGACCUGAAGUUCGUGGCGUCGCAGUUCAGAAGACUGCACAGCAAACAAUUGAGACACAAAUUCAGGUUUUACUCUUACCAGUGGCGAACCUGGGCUGCAUGUUUUGUUCAAGCCGCGUGGAGAAGGCAUAAGAAGAGGAAGGAACUUGCUCAAUUAAGGGCCAGGGCCAUUCACAAUGCUCAGCCUCAGACACCAACGUAUGCCCAAAGGGUGGCCAGGAGUACUAGGAAAGGUGUUGUUAAUGUGUCUUCUCCCACAGAAUCUGGUGUGGUCUCCUCUUUGCCGAAGCCAGCAGAACCAGAUUUCUCUCUUGAUUAA